AUCACCAUGAGCAGCUCGGACACGAUGGGCCUUGCACCCUCUCUGCUAUGGAGCACGACGCAGGCGACUUGCAUGGUCGGCUCAAUCAUGUUUGUGGCCGCGCUCUGGCUACGACACAUGCGCAAGCUUCAUGGUGGAACACCGACGAGCAGCAAGCUUGCCAAUGCGUCGGACCACGACCGUAUGGAACCGAUGGUCGAUGGUCAGCACGCCAACGACAUCUUUGGCUGCGGGCUCACGCUUCGCGAUGCGCUCAACCCGGUGUCGUCGAUCGACUUUAACACGCAGCUGCCAAUCCCGAUCGAGACACCGCUCUUCCACGGCAAGGCGUACGUCUUGCUGCGCGACCCGCGCGGCGAUCCACGCUGGGACCCGCUCUUUGAAGGCAAGCAACGACGUGUGUGGGUCAUGGUCCAAGGCCAGUUCAAGCGCGAGCCCAAAGGCACCGUGUACCUCGCCGGCGAGCUGCCACGCACGAUGGUGCUAAGCAUGUGGACCAAGGCGUGGGCGGGCAUGAUCAUAGCGUCGGUCAAGACACUCAUCGGCAAGCUUCACUUCUCGUUUGGCGAUGACAUCGAGUCACCGCAUGUCGCACUGCCGCUGUACCAGAGCGCAGAUCAACUCGUGGCGACGCCACUCGAGGACGUGCCGCCAAAGCUUGGCAUGGACAGCUGGGGCGAGUCGCCAGCAGACCAGAAGGCGCGCAAGGCAACGCCCGUUGGCGACGAGGUCUUCCGCACCGAUAGGAUCUACUCGUUCCAGUUCCACACCAUGUACGUCGACUUGCCGUCGUGGAACCUCGUGAACCUUCCGGGCAUCCAUGACGUGGGCUUGCAGCACUUUUUCGGCGACAUGUCGCUGCGCCUCAGCAUGUACGAGCACACGCCGCGGCCAAACGAGGUCGCGCACAUUACCAAGGAGUACUGCUUUGCAUGGGACGUUGCCCGCGGCCCGGCACCGAAGGCAGCGCCAGCGUCGGGCGACUGCUGCCCGGUGCACGACACGUCGUUUGCGGGCGUCGAGUUUGACCUGUGGAUGUGGCUCGAGUACUUUGAUGCGACGACGGACAUGCGCCAUCUUGCCUACGUGCUGCGCGUGCGCCUCGCCGACUCCAAGGUCUACACGGUCAUCUUGCCGUCCGAGGCCGUAUUGGCCAUCUUCGCUGCCAACCACGACGCGUCACCGCUGCUGACGCGCGCGCGCAUGGACGCGUACGCUGCGAUUGAAGACCAAGCGCUCGAGGUAGGUCGACGCCUCCAGAGCAUUGCGUACGGCGGCACCGCAGCCGCCAAGGCCGAGCUCUACCACUGGCUCACGACGCCGAGCCCGAUGACGCUCGCGGCCGCCAACUCGGACAAGGCCCUCGGCGUGAGCCUCUGGCCGUGGCGACGAGCCGGUAUGAACGUCUGCAAGGAAGGGAGCGGGUACCGUAUCCUGAGCGACACGUGCUUGCGCCAAGAGUACCUCAUCUUGACGUCGACGUCGCUGCAGUUUUACCGCACCUACGCGUCGUCGCCGCUCCGAAAGGUGCCAAUUAGCCACAUGACGCACGUCGGCUGUCGCUACCUCAACGACCUCUUCGUGCUCGAGCUCCAUACGUGGACCGAAGUGCUGUACGUGCACGUCCCGGACCCUCUCUCGUGGCAGGUCGCGAUCCAAGACCUCUGCGACCGGAGUCCGCUGCGCACAUGUGCCGCGGCGCUGCAGAUGACUGCGUGGACGCCGUUCAACGCACUCACGUACGAAGGGUACCUCGUGCUCAACUCGCGCAAGAUCGCUUACGACGUGGCGACGACCAUCGUCUCGGUCGAUCCGUGUCUUGUGGCAGAGGCCGCCGUCGUCGCCGGUGCACGCGUCUGGAGUGCGCGCACGCGGGCGCACAAGCUCGCCUUCCAGCUUGCGGUGCAAGAGCUCCGGUGCGUGGACUUGAGCCUCCUCGAGUCCUCCGAGCACAAACUUGCGUUCUACUUGAACGCAUACCAAGUGCUGCUCAUGCAUCUGCACCUCGCGAUCCCCGAGCCCACGAGCGUGUGCAUGCACCAAGUCAUGUACGAGGUCGGCGUCCAGAAACUCAUGCUGUCGCUCGCGGAGCUCGAGCACGUCAUGUUGCGCGGCGGUCUAUGCGCCGUCGAGGAUGCGCCGUACCUCGAGUUUGUGCCGCAGAAAGCCGCGUACCCGCCGGCGUACAGCGCGGUCGCGUGCAGCAACCGCGACUUUCGGCUCAGCGCGGCGCUCUGCAGCCAUCGCGACGACAAGGUGGUCGUGGUCUACGCACCGACUCGUGUGCACGACCAGCUCAACUCGGUCGUGUCUUCGUACUGGCAGGCGCGCGUCGUCGUGGGCAGUGUGUCGCUGCAACUGCCGCUGUCGUGCAAGUGGUUUCGCACCGAUUUCGGCGCCGACGACCGGCUCGUGCGCAAGCUCCUCGGUUUCCUCUCGGACGACCAGCGCAGCGACGUCGUCCGCCUCCUCGAGGCGCCCACUAAUUUAUAUCCCGAGUUCAAAGACGGAGCCAAAGCCGCGCCGCACGGCUUUUCUAUUUAGUCGCGUCCUUCUUAGUCGUGCGCAGUAAAUGGUCUGCUUGCAACAGCAACUAACUAUAGUAUGUGAAC